AGAGAGACAACUGCAGCAUAACUGGAUCUGAGAAAGGGUGAGUGAGACUUGCAGAGCGGCCAAGGCUCUUAUUCUCUGAGGUGCACAUCUAUUUCUAUCUGUGUGGAUCCGUCGGAUUGAAAGACAUCGAGUUUCCAAUGGCGACAUUGCUUUGAAAAGGGUAAUAUCAGCCUUGGAUAAGGAUACAGUUGCCAUAUUUGGACAGAUAUCUUCAGUUAUCUAUCUGCCAUCUUUUGGUCUAGAUUUUUUGGAAACCUCAAAAACCUUGAAAAAGAAUAAGGUGAUUGAUAUUGGCUAUUAUGAGAAAGUAAAAGACCAGUUAAAGCUGUAAAGGCAAUGAAGAUGAAGAAAUUCAGUGUGUCUUCACAGUUCUGUCUCACCCGGGUGGAAUGGUUCUACCCAUAAGAGGACUACGCCAGACCCAGCAGAUAAACAUGACAUCUGGGUCUUUUUCAUAGCAGCUGGAGAAAGUUAACUCAAGAAAGCACAGUUUGCUGGCAUUAAAACAGACGGCACAAGGAACCUACAGGUGCCUGGCACUCCCCCUCUCCACCUGGACAGAGGGAGGAGCAGUGUACCUGGUGGUCCACACAGGAACUCUGCCUGAUACAGGCAUGAGCGUGGGCAGGGCGCCUCGCUACAGCAUCGUGUCCACUGAAGAAGAAGGUCUGCACCUCGGCACCAUGCCCGCUGUGGGGAACGGCUUCGGGAAGAUUCACACUCGCAGCAAGUGCCGCAGUCGCUUCGUCAACAAGAACGGGCAGUGCAAUGUCCGCUUCUCACACAUGAAUGAAAAAUCCCAGCGCUACAUAUCUGAUAUCUUCACCACGUGCGUGGACAUUCGCUGGCGCUACAUGUUUGUAGUAUUCAGCCUCGUCUUCGUGGUGUCCUGGCUAGUUUUUGCUGCCUUCUGGGUUAUUGCCCUGCUACACGGUGAUAUGGAAAAUCCCGGGGGUGGUGAUGGCUUUAUUCCUUGUGUCUUACAAGUCAAUAGUUUUGUGGCUGCUUUCCUGUUCUCGGUUGAGACCCAGACCACCAUCGGCUAUGGUUUCCGCUGUGUGACCGAGGAGUGCCCAGCUGCCGUAUUCAUGGUGGUCUUCCAGUCCAUCAUGGGCUGCAUUAUUGACUCAUUCAUGAUUGGCGCCAUCAUGGCUAAAAUGGCGCGGCCCAAGAAGAGGGCUGAGACGCUGCUGUUCAGCCACAACGCCAUUGUCGCCAUGCGGGACGGGAAGCUGUGCCUGAUGUGGAGAGUGGGGAACCUCAGGAAGAGCCAUGUGGUGGAAGCUCACGUCCGGGCCCAGUUCAUCCAGCCUCGAGUCACAGAAGAAGGAGAGUACAUCCCGCUGGACCAAAUUGACGUCAACGUAGGAUAUGACAAAGGCAUUGACCGCAUCUUCUUGGUCUCGCCCCUUACAAUACUGCAUGAGAUUGACGAAGAAAGCCCUCUAUUUGGCAUCAGCAAACAGGACUUGGAGACCUCAGACUUUGAGAUUGUGGUGAUAAUGGAAGGGAUGGUUGAAGCCACAGCUAUGACGGCGCAGGCUCGCACUUCCUACGUGUCUUCAGAGAUCCUGUGGGGUCAUCGCUUCGAGCCGGUCGUCUUUGAAGAGAAGAACCGCUACAAAGUGGAUUAUGCUCAUUUCCACAAGACCUUCGAGGUGCCAUCAACCCCCCAGUGCAGUGCCAAGGACAUGAUGGAGAGCAAGUCUUUAACACCCAGUGCCAACUCCUUCUGUUAUGAGAAUGAGCUAGCUUUCAUUAGCAGGGAUGAGGAGCAGGAGGGAGAGGCUGAAGUGGAGGAUGGGAACAUGGUAGCAGAGCUGGAGAGACUACAGGCUAACACGGAACAUGACCAGAGGUUGUUUCGUAGAGAAUCUGAAAUAUGACUUUCAACCUGAUUCUUAGGCCUUUUUCAGUUAGGUUGGAUUAUUUUCCAUGAAUAGAUGUACAGCUGCCAUAUGACCAUAGAAUCAUGGUUGUGUUCUGAACAUGUGAUGAAUGAGGCUGUAAAAGGGAAGUUUUGGGGAAAAAGCUCUUUCAUCAAACUAAAUGUCUUAUGAGAUUGGAAGGUGGAUGGCACUACAUUAACUUUAUAUUAUGCAAUAUUAGUCAUUGUAAAUUAGGAGACACUUAUCUUAGUUUGAAUGAAUACAUACUGUAGAUUUCUUAGUUGUGUGCAUCAUCAAAAUGUUGUGAUGAUGUUCUGGUCAAUCUUUUGUUCUGUGAUCCUGAUUUGGAGUAGCGUUCAAGAGGUGAUUAUAGGUGUUUUUGAGCAGUAGCUUAUGCAAAUCUUUGCAACAUGAUCCCAAUAUGAACAUUUCGAUCAUCAUUAGAAACAGGCUGGACAAUGAUAAUGUGGUGGUAAACUGAUUGAAAAUGUAGAGAAUACGAGUAAAACAUGUUAUACUAACAUAUUUAGUUAGUAAAUAAUAAGAGUUGUCAAUGUCAACACACCUCAAAUAAGGGUAAAUGGAAGGUAUUCCAGAUUCUACAAAGCUGUAGAAAACGUCACAAGGCCUAUACUGGCAGAAAAGACACAGAAAGCACCUUUUCAAAACACAUUUUUAAGUAAUCAUAUUUUACAAGAGUAACUAAAAGCACAAUAUAAGGGGUUAUAUUUGAUCAUGAUGAAAACCCUGGUAUCUGCGAGCGCUACUUUCCAGCUGAUGUAUAUGCCUAACAGAAACUGGGUGACUUUGGCGAAACAAACGGUUUACAGAACUAACUGCUAAAUUUACCAACAUGAAAAUAAUUUAAUGAAAUGGAGGGAUGGUGAGUGAAAGAUUUGACUGGUUAGCCCAGUCAUCCGAAAUAUAGUUUGAUACAAUUCAGUUAUUUGUACUCUCUAACCGUGAGUGGGCAGUGUUGUGUGCUAUUGCAAAUCUAGAUAGCACUGGACUUCAAUCACUACACAGAAAUAUUUCAGAGAUAAAUUGAUGACCUGUUCACACAGGCAUGCUCUUGGAAACUACAUUCAGAUACAUUUAGUUUCUCUUAGGGAUGCACCGAAUCCAGAUUUUUGGGGUUCGGCAGAAUACCGAAUCCACUGGUUAAGAUUCUGCCGAAUCCGAAACCGAAUACCGAAUCCUGCUCCUAUCCUCAGUCCAUUACCACAGUAAACACAUUAAUGAAGUAAACAAUGUCCACAGCAGUGUAUUUUCAUUUUAUUUUAUCUGCAAAAAAAACAAAACAAAGGAAUAGGCAACAUUAUGCCAGGAAGACAAGUGGGAAAAACUAUUUUAACAAUUACCAUAUGCCUAUGUUUACCCUAUCUCAAGAUCCAAUCAAUAUCCAAAAUAUUAGUCUUUUAGAUUUCUUGAAUUUCUUUCGGAUGUUUCAUACGCAAAUGUUUUAACAGCGGAUAUGUUGUGUAUUGUUUAUGGUCCUUGCCACCAUGAGACAAAUCGGCAUUGCAAAUUGAACAUAUAGUUACACUUGAAUCGCCUUCUUUUGACUGAAAGUACUGCCAAACAACACUUUCUCUGCUCACAAGUUCCAUUUUCACUUUCUCUCAGCCUACUGCAUUGAACGGUCCACCAACGUAAACACGUUCCCGUAAUCAACGGCGGCGUCAUUACGUCGACCAGCGUCGGCCGAAUCCGAAACCGAAUCCUGGAUUUGGUGCAUCCCUAGUUUCUCUAAUCACAAUGGGAGUGGAUUAUCGAAUGUAAUCUAAGUACAUUACAUAUUCUGAACAGACAUGACUGUAACAAUUGAGAUCAAGGAGGAGAGAAGACUGGAUUUGACUUCUGUAAAAUAUGGAUGCUUGCUGCAGUGUAGGUCUACAGGACAAAUGAAUGCGUGAAUAAUACUUGGAAUUUAGAUUUUUGACUAUUGCUGGUAUAUCAACAAAUAAAUUACAUUGAUAAAAACAAUAAAAUACUAACACUUUAUUCUAAAAAGUGAGAUUCAACCACAAAUAUGUUAGCAUCUGUAUUUAACAACCCGUCAAGUUUCGACAGUGGUUAGAACACAACAUGGGCUAAAAUCUGGAACUGGAACAAACAUAAACCAUGUGGACGUUUGUCUUUUUACACCAAUUUAGUUGUGAUUGUGUGCAUGUGAACAAGCUCACUGUCCAUACCACAGCCAUAUUUUACCUCCCAUGUUUAUUGAAAUACCCAUAAUAGUCUAGUUACCAAUCGAACAUCUUCUUAGACCCAUUCUGAGCAAUAAAUGAUUCUUGUGAAGAGGAAUGGCUAAGCCAAUGAAAAACAAAACUUAAAACAAAUGACUGAGAAUGUGAGCUGGUGGGUGAACUAGCGAGAACAUGUAUGAAUUGAAAAGAGACAUGAAGAUGUGGGUUGGUGUGUGAAAAGAUUAAGAAAGAAAGGCAAAGAUCAACGUUGCAGAUAUGAACAGUGUUUUACAAUGCAUCUACAGUGUUUGUGUGACGGACUGUAUAUUCUAUACUCUAACAUCACUUUGUGACCUUCUAGGAAGGUAUGUGAAGUAUUUAGGAACAUCUGGUAUUAUAUCUACAGUAUGUAAGUGGUGACAAUGAAUAACAAGAUGCCAAAUGAGCCACCGUAACCCUUAGUGUCCUUUAGAUCUUUAACACAUCCGGAAGCAUCCAUAGAAAAGUAUGCACAGCAGAAACUCCCUUACCAGUUUAACAAAUCAACAUCUAUUUUUAUAACUUGCUGCACUGAGUUUUUGUAAAUAUCAGUGAGGGGAGAAGGUCCUCAGAGCAGCAGAGCAGUUUAGCACAUGGAGCAGCAGGAGGAUGCACUGCCACAUAUCUCACACCAAUAUAAGCAAUCAAAGGAGACAGAGCAUCUUUAAUGGGGUGAUUAGACACACUUUGACCUCUUCAGGAUUUGUCUUCCAAUGAACAACUGGUUGUGAUUUGUUGUCUCCUUUACACAUUGAUUUAUUUUAUUAUAUUUAUUUUAACGAAUUAUGAAAACAUAAUAAAAUUUAAAUUAUCUUAUUUUUGAGUCUACUCUUCGUUGGCUUCAACUGAAGGGUAAGAUGUGGGAGACGACAGUGUCAUAUAUCUUAUGAGUUACAAGGAAUGGUGUUGGAUGAACAUUUGGACAUCUCUUCUUUCUGUUAUGCAAUCUGUGGACUGCGUCAUUGCGUUUAGGUAUGCAUGGCCCCACAGGCUGGGCCACAAACACAUUUCUGUUCACAUGGGAAAGGUGUAAAACAUUUCUCUACUCUUAUUCUGUUACGCAAAAUUACAUCCAAGAAAAUGAUAUCUAAAAACAGUCCUGAGAGAGAGGGAAGAGCCAGUCCUGGAGCUGAGA